GGAUAAUGUAAAUGAGAGUUCCACAGAACUAUGAAUUUGUAAUACAAUAAAAGGCAUAAAGUGAACAAGUUUAGUUUGAAUUCAGAGAGGGGAUAAUUUCAGAUUGUUAAAGCAAUACGAAUGAAUGGACUGAUUGAGAAAGUUUAGCUCUAAAUAUGAUUAAAUAUAAGAAUAAAUGAAAUGAAAAGUUAAAAGUUAAAGACUAAAACAAUUCAUAGAGCAGUUGAUAGAAGACCAAAAUCUCUACCCUUCAAAUUGUAGGAACUUCGGAUUACAAGAUUGGUACAUUAAAGGACGUUAUCAGCCAGGGAAGAAUACCAUUUUUCCUUGAAGGUAUUUCAAUGCACGACUUCUUCAAAGGCAAAGUCAACGAAGAUUAUGCUGAUAUCUAUAAACGUAGCGUUUCUGAAGGAUUUGGUGAAGCCUUUCCAUUAGGACCUAUUCCUGUAUUUGAAAAGAGCGAAUUGAUGGUCACUUUCCUAUCAAGUGUUGGCAGAAAACUAACCCCAGUGAUGAGUUCAGUAUCUGGUUUUGCAAAAGCCAAUCAAGAACUUUACUUCUCAGCAAAGCCUUUUCAUAAAUCUUUGCGAGCUAUGCUUUUUAGCUACAAUACAUCUCAGCUCACCAGAAAGAAGCUUGAUACCCAGGAUCGUCGGUUACUUCAAAGUGGAAUCGUCCCAAAACUAGAAGGAGAUAUUUACAUUGAAUUUAUACUUUCUUUUUAUCCAACUACCUUAUUCGAGUUUCACAAAUCUGAAGUUCCCCGAAAAAUUAAUGAUUUCACUUGGAAACCAUUGAGUUUUAGUGGAUUCUAUCAGAUAUUUUAUAUUUAUGUCUUAAUAUUGAUACUGAUAACACUUGUUGCACUCAUUGAAAUCAUCAUUGGUUUUUUGUUUACUUAA